GAGGAUGGAAGGUCGCGCCAAAGUUCCGCCGUUGAAGGUCACGAGUCUCACGAAGCCUCCUCCACAGCUGCCAGCGAAGUUGUCGGCUGACUACGAGGAGGACUCUGCUGAACAUUUGGGUGAAGGUGCCUUCGCCAUUGUCCGAAGCCUCCGGCGAAAACGUGACGGCCUGCCGGUUGCAUUGAAGGUGGUGGAGAAGUAUCCAUUGCAUAUCCGAAACAUGCUGCCACAGUUGCAGCGCGAGGUGCGAAUUCAGGGCAGUCUCCAACAUCGACACAUCCUGCGACUUCUAUCCUGCAUGGAAGAUGAGUGGU